GUGCAACUGCCGAGCCAAUACCUUUGUUUGUACAGCUAGGAAAAUUGCGGCAAACUUUCACACGAGGCAAGUGACAAAGUGAUAAAAGCAGCGAAGAGACCUUGAUCACAAACCAAUAGCUGUCCAGUUGAGAGAAACACGCAUGAAUCGCAUGAAGCAACUCAUCAUUGGUAGGCAUUCUACACUGCAUAUGGAAUGAAAGCAGAGGGUCAAGGGAAUAACAAAUUCCAUGUCACCAUGCUUGAUCACCGGCCUUACAUUUGGACAUCAUGGUCCGAAGAGCGUUGGCAAGAUUGCAGAGCAGAAGGCUAGCACCGUGCAGCAUACUAGCUCACUUGCUUGGAAUCCUUGUCCUGAUGCAUGCAUGGAUGUCACACCGGUUGUCCAUGACAGGAUGUCGGCCAGCUAAACCAUGGGACUCGUUGCAGUCCUGGCUUGGGCAACAAGUAUUUCGGCAGAGCUGGCCACCGAGCGUGCUAGAGGUUGCACAAAAGACAAGAUCUUUGCCCGGGCUGUUGCAGAUGAAUGCGCCCCCCCAGCGUAUCAUUCAGCGACAUUGGACUGGACAGCAUUCACGGGAGAAGUUUAUGAAGCUCGCAGUUUAGUUUUUUCUCAGGGAAUAGGGCAGCUGGCUGGACAUUUGGAGGUUGAUCUUGCCCAGGCUCAACUCGAAAAACUCCUCAACUUAGUUGGGCAAAGCUUUGGACUGACCUCUCAGUGCCCGGCCGCCCUCGCAACUACAAGUUACAGCCUUGCAGAAGUCCUCGCAGUCAAUGCGAGUCCUCACACUACAAGAAAGCAAUUGGCCCUUCUACAGCUCGCCUUGGCAGCAUUCCCACAAAAGGCCCAUGGAGAGUGCACCCAAUGGCCGUUGCGUGGCCGUGAUAUAGUUGCAGGGUUCUCGCAGCUGGGCACUAUGCUGUUCCCUUUGCAUCCUGCAGAGGAACAGCGGAGCCACUCCAAGGUCGCCAUCGUUAGCGCUUGCGCUGGCCUUCAUGGUGAUGUUGUCCGCUUCACUGCACAAGAAAACUUCGGUAUCUACGCUCAUCGGCAUGGCUACGACCUCCAUUUUUUCGCAGAUGCUCGAGAGCUACUGAAUAGAUACCACACUCUCAACCUAAGCUCAUCCAAUGCACCGGCAUUUUGGCGGGCGUAUGCAAUGCAAGUGGUCCUUGACAUGCCCAUAGUCUAUGACUGGAUUAUGUGGAUUGAUUGCGAGGCUGUUGUAACGGACGUCAACCGCAAUGUGGAUGUCAUCCUCUCCAAUCAUGGUGUACCUCCAGACGGCCAGAUGCUUGUGACCGCCGACGGGUGGGGCACACAGCCUUGGAUCAUAUUGCUGAAGGGCGAGCCCAAGAAUUGGAGCCGAAACUUCCUACGAAAUUGGACGACUCUCCCAUCGAGCGAUUUCUUGCAUGGAGCCACCCGGUCUCCACCGGAGCUUCGCCAUCCAGAGCGCAUCGCUUUGCAACACGCCGUCCUUCCUCACUGGCACUUCUGGUUUGAAGACAUUCCAUUUUUAGAUUUUGGAGAGUCUUUUAGUUGGAAGUCCGAAAUCUACCUCUCCGUGAGCACUCUUGUUACUUUUGAGUCUGACCAGGGGCUUGAGCAUGCUGGUGGCCGCAAGUGGGAAAGUGGCGACUUUUCAUGGAUAAAUUUGCAGUGUCAUGGUCGCUUGGGGCGUGCUGCGGGAUGUGAGAAUCGCAGGCAACACUUCUUGAACAGUCUGGGACACUGACAUUAAACGUGUUGGGUCCUUACUUAUUUGUCAUUGCGUCGUUUAGGGAUGUUUAGGGUGUUUUGCGCGGGUCGCCAUGCAUUGCCCAGCAAGACAUUGGGACUCCGGGAGCUGAGAAGCCCUGGCUUUAGAGCAGAAAACUAGUCGCGCGGUCAGGCUUUUGAGGGAAUUGUAUGCUUUUGUUUUUGGCACCCUUUCUCCAUGCAAUUGCCGAAGUAGC